UUGUUGCGUACGAAGAUGCGGGUAUGAAAGACGGCGGAGAAGAUCCUUGGUCAUAUUAUCUGGUAUGCAAAAUAUACAAAAAGGUCUUUAUUUGACAUUUUACUUUAACCCUCGAUUUUCGCGUUUGCAGAUAUUUCACUGGAAUCAUGAUAUUUUGUUUUGUGGCAGGUACAGAUCUUAGUAGCGUCUUUAAAGUUGAUGGCCAGAUAAAAAUGACCAUUGCGGAGCUCAAAGAUAUACUUUAUGAGAAGAAUAAGAACUAUUUCGAAGACAAAAAAUUUGAUGCCAACGAGUUGAACCUAUGGUUGGUGAAUAUUCCUUACGAUACAGAGAACGUUAAACUGAAAACACUUCAAAGCCGAUCCCGUGAUAUGGAGGAAGAAAAUAGUAUUAUACAAGAACUCGGAGGUAAAAAGUUGUCUCCAAUUGAUGAUAUUGGCGAUAUCUUUACGUAUGAUUCCAAGAAUAUCCGUAUCAUCAUACAACCGCCCGUCACCACCACUGAUAAAGGGCCCACUGAUAUAUCUCGUGUCAUUGCAAAAUUUGGCUAUCUGCCUCGACAAGCUGGCCUUGGUGGUACGUCGUUACCUUCUGGUCUGGUAAUAAGACCUUCCAAUGAAGGUGUUAAUCCUAAUGAUCCUGCCGUCAGUCUAAGAUUUGAUAUCAUAAAUCCUUUCAAUCACUUAAAAAGAAUGGGAAUGGAAACUGAUUAAAAUUAUGUGAAGAUACUUAUAUAAAAGGAAAAGUUCCUUUCUCAAUAAAUAACCCGGAUCCAGAUGCUUCUUAUCUAGUCAAAACUGGAGUACUUGCGGUUGUGGACGAUAUAUAUUU